ACCAAGCAGGAGCAGGAGAUUUUGACCUUUUAUUAAAAAAUGGAGACACAUGAAGAUGUUCAGUACUGUUUUCAAGACAGAAACUCUUCUUGCAGAAAGGCUUUGCUAUCGACAUCAAUCUACACAGCACUGUACAUCUUCUGCUCAUUGUUUUCAGCAGUUACAGUAUUUUUGAACCUACUGGUGAUCAUCUCCAUCUCUCACUUCAAGCAGCUCCACACUCCAACCAACCUGCUCAUCCUCUCUCUGGCUGUGUCAGAUCUCCUGGUGGGAGCGAUUGUGAUACCAGUAACGACUGUAGCAAUAUUGGAAUCAUGCUGGGGAUUUGGGGAAUAUUUCUGUGCUUUUCAUUUCUAUAUGGCUUUUUUAUGCACUUCUUUAUCUCUGGGCAAUUUGGUCUUGAUAUCUAUUGACCGCUAUGUUGCUGUGUGUGAUCCCUUAUUGUACCACUCUAAAAUAACAAUAACAAGAAUAAUGUGUUGUAUAUCCAUUACCUGGUGUUGUUGUAUCAUAUACCAGGCUGUUGUUAUAAAAAUAUGUAUAAAUGUACAGGUACCCAGUAUGUGUUUGAAAGAAUGUUUUACUGUAGAAGGGUCAAUCUGGGGUAAUAUAAUUGACAUUGUAAUUACAAUGGUUGUCCCUUGCUCUAUUAUUAUAACACUUUAUAUGAAAAUCUUUGUGGUGGCCAGAUCACAGGCCAGAAAGGUAUUUUCAAAAGAGGCCAGUGUGUCUGGUGUUAAAACUGUACAGGCAAAUAAGUCUGAGAGGAAAGCAGCAAAAACUCUGUCUAUUGUUGUUUUCAACUAUCUCAUUUGUUGGAUUCCAUCUCUAUUUAUUUUAUUUUUUGUACACAUUUUUAUUGACAAUUUAUUAUCAUUGUUCAUCAGUUUUCUGCCACUUGUUAAUUCCUUAAUUAAUCCAAUAAUUUAUGCUUUCUUUUAUCCAUGGUUCAAAGUGACAGCUAAACAUAUUAUAACUCUGAACUUAAGGCGUUCAUAGUUCCUAUGUUUUUAUUCCUAAAUUUGACUAACAGGUUUGAUAUAGUUAUGUUAUACAAUUGUUGUUUUUGCUUCUUUCAUGUAACAAUACACUGACAUUACUUAUCUCAGUGUUCUCAUCAUAAAAUCUCGUUAUAGAUUCAUGUGGUGUUGAUACGGAAUGGAUUGGAAUGGAAUGACUUGGAGAAAGCAUAAGCUUGUUGUAUAAGAUUUUGUUCUUAACUUACUUUUUUUUUUUUUACAAAAAUUAUAAGAGACAUUGAAGUAGUUGUAUAUUACAAAUAACAAAGUAUGUGGUUGUUCCAUGUUAUUUAAUGAUAAAUAGUAUGGAAGUAUUCUAAAAGUCAAUUUUGAAGAUGUCAUGGAUCGUACUGUAUGCGGUUUAACAUCACCCUCUACUGGCUUAAUUGGGACACAAUACCUCCAACAAUAUGCAUGAUAUCAGAUAAAGUCCAAGUCUAACUCAAUGGUGUAUUGUGGAAAUAGUUGAUGGUAAAAUGUAAGAUUAUGCAAAUAUGGGUAACACGUUAUAAUAAUGUUUAGUAACAAACAAAUUUUUAAGGCAUUUACAGUUUUCUCACCAUUUAUUAAUCAUUAUUCCCACAUUUGUUAAAUGUUAGUAAACUAGGUAAUCUCACAUUUAUAAAUAACUACUACAGUGCAUUUGGAAAGUAUUCAGACACCUUAAUAUUUUACACAUUUUGUUAUGUUACAGCCUGAAUCUA